CAUGAAAUUAAUUCAAAUCAAAUCAGAGUCGUUUCUGCAGUAGAUGGUUUGAAGCAACGGGAAGUGGAGAAAUGGUUUUUUUUCGUUUCCUCUUCUUGUUUUUUUUUUUUUUUUUCAAUGCGUGGUUAGCUAACUGCACGUGCUUCGUGUGUAAAAUUCCGUAUCUCUACGAGAUUUUGGGACGAUAAAUAACGCAGGUGGAAUUGAUAAUUAUGUUUAUGACGGAAUAAAAUAUAUAUAUUCAACUCGAACUGGUCGAGCGACCUCGUAUAGUAUACACCUCGGUUUCCAGCGGUGAAUAAAAGUCAGCCAGUUUUAGAAACUACAAUUCCGAAGAAAAUUCAAAAAAUAAAAAAACGAUAGACCGGUGACAACUCGGAUCUAGUCUGUCAAAAUAUUAUGCGAGUGAGUCUGAAGAAAAAAUCCACAUAAAACGAGAUACUUUCAUGGCGGGACCACGACGUGCGUGGUCGGGUUAUAAUGCCUUUUACGUAUUUUGUCCCGUUAAAUUACAAGACAUUCCCGUGAACUCGUCCGAACCUCGAAUUUAACCCGUACGAAAACCCGUAAUUAAAAUCAUCGUUUAAAUUUAACGUACCUAUCGUUCAAUUAUAUUUUAUCGACAGUUCGACGUGUGUUCAAUAGAAUAGUAGUGGAAGGGGGAUAAGUAAAAAAAAAUCUCCGUUAAUUCCUUCAAAUUACAUUAUCGGUAAAUGAAUUUUUCAUAUUCUCAACCGCGGUGUAUCGAUUCAAUAAAUUAUUCUCAUUGAUAUUUCCAUAAUUACAACGUAGUCUCAGUUAGCCGAUUGGAUUACGAACGGUUUCUAGAUUUUUAUUUAAUUUUUUUUUUUCCGUCCAUGAACUUUUCUAUUUUAUUUCGUACCUAGCCGGGACUUAAUAAUCUGGAAUUUAGUACUACCCUCAUUACAUACACCACAUCGGCCUACCACAUCAUUAGAAAAUUGCACGGUGCGUUAUACGAAUCCAUAUUCCUUUUAUAUAUAUUAAAAAUUGAAACGAGGACAUGUUACGUUAGAUCUUCCUGAUUACGAAACUUUUUUUUUUUAAUAAUUAAACGGUGUAAGAAUUCGUGGCGAUCAUGGGUAUAAUAAUUUUUAUGGAUCUAUUCGAUCGAAACAAAUCUCACCGCAGACUUCAUGUCGCUAAACAUACACUGGUUUGAUUUUUUCUUUAUAAUAUGUUGAACGUUGCACAGAUCAUGGACCGCAGAGAAACUGGUUUUGUUUUUUUUUUUUCUUUCUUUUUCAGAUUUUUGGUACCGUCAUGGGUAUUCGAGUAUUAAGCUAUCAUGUCCUUCUUAUACCAUUUCACAUAUGAAUUUUCGUAUUUUUAAAACCCCGACCUACUUCGUAAUGUUUAAUUAAAUUGCGUGUGAUUUACUGCGAUAGAAAAGCUCGGUGUUACCGUCGGCCGCUGUACGUUACAGUUACGUCCGUACUAUAAUAUCAAUUAAGUGAUGAGAUCAUCAUCGUAGAAAAAAUAUUUUCCAAUACUCGCGAUUAUGGGGGACAGAAAUUUUGAAGAACUUUUUACAGUCCUUGGCUUAAUUGCAACGCAUUCUACCGAAUGUCGAGUAAGAUUUUGCCGACAUACCCUCUAUGAAAAAAAACAAAAAAACAAUGAUACCCUUAUACAUUUAUCAAUUUCACAUAGGUCAUUAAAUAAACGAAAAAGAAGACCGCGAGAGGCUUGUAUGGCCAUUUCCGAAGGCGUUCGACGAGUUCCGGUUAUUUCGGAAAAAUAUUUGUUAUUCUCCGGGUGAGUUCCGCGCUUCCUUGUACUUUAAUACGUCUCCGAAGAGUUUACACGGUUAAAACUUUGUAUAGGAUAGUUACAUGGUAAAGCUAUACCGCAAGAUAUAUAGCAAAGCUUCUUCUACUUGAAAAGUUACGAAUAAGAUAUAUAGACAAGUAAUACGUAGGACAUUCAUACAUACAUAUUUAUAUUCUUCAGUUUCUCCCAUGAUUAUGAACGCGGAAUUUAUUCGGUUUUUUGUGUAACUUUUUCAUCUGCAAUAGUCGAGCCCCACGGGUUCGGAAAAAAAAGGAUUAGUUUCAUUUUUUCAGGCGGUGCCCUUGUAUUUUCCAUCCUGCGGUUCCGUUAUCCUUGAAUUCGGCCGUAAAAUCGAAAGAACUAGAAUUGCUAUCGGUCGGAACCUCGACCUAAGUUUUAUAUAUCUCGUGCAGUGAAAAAUCCAUUUUUCUACUCGACGUAGUACACGUUAUUUCACCUUCGCAUGAGUGCUAUCGAAUCUAUGGUAUAGAUCCACUCGACUCAUCAGACUCUAUAGUCUUGAAAAUAAUUUUAUUAGUCCUUGAGCAACGUCGGAAUGAUCUUGCCAAUUUGGUAGCACGCUGUUUUCAUCCCAUUCGCAGCGAAUCGUUAGUUCAAUUUAGCGGUUUCGAGUUCACUCGAGUUGUUUCAAAUGAGCGUGUCUUUUUUUUAACCCAUGCACAUACACGGGUCGAUCGCCGAGCCCUUUUUACGGGAACAUCUAAAAUAUUUAUAAUCUACUUAUAUUUUUUCAUAAUUUCGUUGCUACGUAGUUCAGUUGAUCAUUCGCGGUAAAAUAAGAAGUAAUAGGUGUUCCCGGAUGUUUUUUUUUUCAUAACUUUCACUCCGCGCUAAUAGUCAGUUUAAAAUAAAUAAUCCAAGCUUUGAAAAAUGCCUGAACCGGGGAAUUGCCCCGGAGCGCAAACUCUACAGGAGCUAUCGGACGCCGAACCAGUUCGGACUUCGGGUGAAAAUUUAAAAUUUACAGAAAAUCAAUUAGCUCCGAGACUAUUUCGAGGAGGCGACGGUGCAGACCGAGAUGCUGUUGACUUUGAGAAAAAAAAUGGUUGCCCAAAAAGUAAACGGUGUUCUGCAACGGCUAAAAUCGUACGUCGAUUCUCAUUUCCUGUUAAAUUUAUCGCAAAGUAAAGAACGCUUCGUACUUUCCGGGGCAAAAGACGAUAAUAAUCAAUUUACCGUCAGGAUAAUUUGAAGGGGAAAGUUGACGGGGAUAAGACCAAUCUUGAAAUCGUGGAUAACAUGCAACCGGGCCCGUUGGGUCCGCUCCCAGUUCCGACUGCUGAGGGAAACAUCCCUUUGGAUUAUUGGACGCCAUUGGCGGAUCUAACUAAAACGCGACCUGCGGUCGAGAAUUUAUCCCUGUCGCGUUAUAGUCCAAGCGAAUUGCGCGAACACGUGGAAAAACUGACGAAAUCCUGUAACGAUGGAAUCCAAGCAGCCGCAUUGACCGGUUACAAUGCUCGUCGUUGCGCUCUUAGAGCCUACGCUGUUACUGACAGAAAUCAGUUGGACAAUAACAUACGUCUGAGCGCUAGGGCCGGUACAAUUUAUUGUUGGAAAUCGAAAUUGGACCGGAUCGUAUCUAAGAUCCGUGAAGAAAUCGACGCGGUGCUAGAAGUUAGAAGAAGAACGAUGCGUGCAAAGUCCGCUUUGCAAUUAGUCGAUAAUAUCGGCAAGGAUAUCAUGAAUAUCAGAUGUUACAGAAUGGAUACCGAUCUUGUGCGCGAUCAAGUAACUGAGGAAAUUUCAAAGUCGUUACAGGAAUUAUCGUUGUGCGACGAAAUAAGAGACCUGUACAAUAGAUUGUUGGAUCAGAUAGUAAUGCAAAUUGAAGAACUAAAAGCUGCUAAACAACGCUUGGAAUUUGAUUGGUCUGAAAAGACAGAGGCUUAUGAAAUCGACGUUGAUUCCAGAGGGUUCAACAGCGAUUCGGAAAUUAUUUUGUGGAAAUCAGGAGCAGCAAGAUUACCACCAGAUCAAUCAUCGCCAUCGGGUUACCAACAUUCGGUGGAACAAGCGAUCGCAGAAGGCGAAACGGCAAGAGAAAGAUCGAAUGGACUGCGCGCGAACUUGGAUUCCAUAAUCAAAAAAGCUGCACGUGAUCUUCGAAAGCAAGCCGACAAAGCAGAUCUUGCGUUGAUGGAACAAAUUAAACUUCACGAACAAACUUUGAGACGUCUUGACGAAGAAUUACGUAGGGACUUGAAACAAAUAGCAGACACAGAAUCUCUCAUAGACGAAAUGCGAAACGCUUCCAGGAGGCUCGAUGGUGCCAUGAAAUGCGCGCAAACGCGAUUAGACAACAGAUUGCAUCGUCACGGGGAUGAAAGUUGUCGCGAUGUUCCUCAAUUUGGACUCAUUGAACAAAUGAAAUCGAUCGCUGAGAGCGUCACGUCGACAUUAAGUCAGUUAAAACGAGCAGAAGAUUCUAUGGCUGCUCUUAUUCAAUCGAAAAAUGAUUUGGAGAGAGAAUUAGUAAUAAAAAGGAAGUCGCUGUACGUCGACCGAGAUCGCUGUCAACGACUUCGCAUAUUUUAUCCAUCUGUUCAAACUUUGGCUGGUAAUUAAGUUCGAAAUGGUUGACGAGCUUUGAAAAUGCUCAGACAUCUUAUGGAGAAUGUGGAUUACUACAAUAAAGUUAAUCUAUAUCGACUUUGAAGCAAUCUAAUCGAUACCUUUGUUGUAUUUGGAAAUUAUUUUUACUAGAAGUAAUUUAUUAUAUCAUUAUGAUUAAUUACUCAUUAUAAUCUGAAACAGGUAUCGGUUGAUUAAAUUAAGCUAUGAGUGAAACCAAUCGAGAUAUCUGAAUUUUUUCGCUUCGAAAAGCGAUAAAUUUAAUUUACAUAUUCGGGCUCCUGAGAGCAAUAUCUAUCAGAAACUCCAAAUUAAACUUUCAAUUCAAGAAUACAAAUUCUGUUUCAAUUUGCGGGGUCGCAAAUGCUAGCGCCGCCCCUCGGAUCUUAAUUAACUAACAACGUUGAAGGAAAGCAGGGCCUUAUUUAUUGAACAAAGGGGCUGAUGCUGUCAUCUGUGGGGUAGAUCGGAAACUCAAGCGAGAUGAGCACAUGAAUAAGGGAUGAUAUGGGGAUGAUUAGAAAUUAAUUUAUUAAAAAUCCGAGGGGUGGCGCUAGAAUUCAGAACUCCAUUAUGAGAUGAAAAUAAGAAAUGUCAUCGUGUUGUAUUGUAAACAUUAGCGAGUUAGACAGUAGCUGUAAACGUCAAAAGGAAGAUUUGCUUGUAUGAAAACUUAAUAACGCAAG